UCUAAGGAACUAUUCCAUCCAAUUCAUGGAAGAAAAAGAAGUUGAAGAAGAGGAGGAGGAGGAGAGAAUAUUUGAAAAUUCGAUGAAAGAAGAAGAGGAAGAGGUUCGUGCUGAGUCCUGGGCUCCGAACACUCCGGAAAAAUCAAAGCCGAAGCCAAAUCCAAAGCCCAAGCCCAAGCUGAUAAGAUAUUUCAGAAAGCGUUUCCAUAAUAAAAACAACAACAGCAUUGAUCAUAAUUGCAUACCAAUCACAGAGAAAGAGAAAGAGAAAGAAGAUGAUAGAGUUUUGGGCUUACCGGAUUUGAAGAAAAUCCAAGAAUGGGAUCAUGGUGCCGACGUGGAAUGUUUUUCUGAUUGUAAACAAUGUUGUUCAUCUCAGUUUAAUAACAAUAAUAAUGUCAGUGCUGCUGAUUCAGAGUUGAAAACAUCAACAUCUUCUUCACACUCACCAGCUGUGGUGGUGCCUCCUUCAACCCCAUUCUCAUCUCCCAAUUUUCCAACAUCUCCAGGAUAUGAAAAAAGUCCCCAGAAGGAAGCCGAAGAGAUCAGUCUUAAUGAUAAGGAGAAGGAAAACCAUAUUGGUAUUCCCAAUUUGCCUUCAACACCUCCGUCAAAUACUAAUUCCAAGAAAAGAAAACAAUAUCACUUUGACUGCAACAAAAGCCCGCAGAAGAAAACCAGAAAGAAGAUGUACAGGCCAAAAGUUAUCGGUCAACCCAAACCAAAGCCUACUCCGAAAGGCGCAACCUCAAAGCGUGCUUCAAGGCGUGUUUCGUCAAAGAAAACUGUGUCAGGAACCGAAAAGAAUGCGAGCAACGCCUGCAAAGCCUCGGUUAGUAUUGCUACCUCGGAAGAGCAAGCGAUGAAUGCGCCAUGCAGACGAAGACUAAUCUUUGACGUGGAGAAGAAUUCAGAAGAGAAAUAUGGAAUUAUUGGUCUUCUGGAAGAAGCUAAGACUAGUCCCUCCAUUUUGGAAAGCAGGGAUGGUACUCAAAUUCAAGUAGAUCAUAAAGAAAAUGUGUGUCAAACAGGUUGCGAAGACAAUUUUAUUCAGGUGACAUCACAGAGAAUAGAUCGAUCUAGCGACUGUCACGACGCGAUCAUGAAGAUAAGCAUAAAUUUUCCAAUCUUCUGCAAGAGAAAAAGGACCGUGAGGAGGAGAAUUAAGUUGGACAAUCGAAAGAAAAUCUUUAAGCUUAGAAAGGGUAGAAACCAGAGAAAAAGAACGCAUCUGCGUAAUGGCAUAACGAACAACCGAGCUCUAAUCGAUAGGUUGCCAUCAGUGGUUAAGACAAAAAAGAAGAGAUCAAAGAGGUGUACUCCUAGAAAGGAGCUGGCUAGUAUAACCGAAAUCGCAUUCUUCAAACGUUACCCCGGAGAAAUGCCUGUUCUUCAAACACAAGAAAGCAACAACUGUUGGGGGCCUCAUGAGAUGAAAAGGGAUGCUUUGUCUGUUGGUGGGAAUGAAGGAAUGAUUAUAGAAGAAAAGAGCAACUUAGAGCUUAACAACAAUAAAAGUGAAGAAAGGCAUGAGACCUCAAUUGGGACUUUUCCUACUGUUGCUAAUUUAGAGCUCAAAAGCAGCCAGAGUGAAGGACGUCCACCGCAGCUUUUGUAUUUUUCAUUCACCCCCGAAUUAAGAGAAAUUGCAGAAGGAAUGAGGAGAAGUUCUGCUGAGAUGGAGCCGAAUUUUAUUGAUUUGAAUCUUCACCAUGGAAAAAAUCUGGCUGAAGAGGGAGUCAUUGUCAUUUCCCAGAUACCCGGAUGUUCAAAUAACAGCUAUGCACAAAAUUUUGCUCAAAAUGGGCAUGGCAUGAUGGUUCCUUAUCAAGGAAAAGACCAAAAUGCAGAUGUUCCUCAUAAUGAGCAUUGCACAAUAGUUCCAUGUGGAAAACUCCCAGAUGAAGUCCAGAAUGAAAGUCUAAAUGUUCCUCAUACUGAGAAUGGCGUUCUCGUUCCUGUUCAUCAGGGACAACUUUCUGUUAUCAAGAAAACGAAGAAACACGCCGCGCUUGAAAUUUACUCUGAGGAUAUCAAAGCUUGGAGGCUUCAAUUGAAAAGCAUUACCAGUGUAGAUGAAGAAAAAUUGGAUGAAGAAACAAAGAAAAGGUUGGAGAGUGAAAGAAUCUUGUUUUACUGUCGCCUUCAAGCGUUUACUGCUUGCAUGCAUGCAAUUCAAGGGGAUAGGCGGUUUUCACCAUGGAAAGGUUCUGUAGUGGACUCUGUAGUUGGAGUUUUUCUAACUCAGAAUGUGUCGGACAAUCUUUCAAGCUCUGCCUUUAUGUCCCUUGCUGCCAAAUUCCCAGCUCAAUCAAAUAAACACGAGGACCAUGUUACGCUUGAAAUCCAAGAAUCGACUGCAAGUAAUACAGAAUGUAGUUUGCCAGCAAAUCAUUUAGUAGGUCCAGAACUACUCUCAAGAGAAGGCGCAACAAAAGAUACUAACGACAUAGAGGAUGCUGCAAUGGAAACUCAAGAAACAACAUUAUUUGGUCCACUUCCACUGAGCAACUCAUGUUUGGUCUCAGACAGCAACUUAGGAGACAACAAGCCUAAGAGCUCAGUUGAUGAGACAUCAGAAAAAGAGAAAAGAUCCAAGGCAAAAGAACAACAGCCCAGCGAGAGAGAAAAGACGGAUGGGAAGAAGAAAAAGAAAGAAAAUGAAAUUGAUUGGGACGAACUAAGGAGGACAUGGAAUAGAAAUGGAGAAAGGAACAACGACCACAAGGAUUCUGUUAACUGGGAGGCCGUUAGGCGUGCACACGCUAGCGAGAUUGCGGAUGCUAUCAAAGCACGCGGCCAACAUAAUAUCAUUGCAGAUCGAAUCAAGGAGUUUCUUGAUCGAGUAGUUAAACUGAAUGGAAACAUUGACCUCGAAUGGUUAAGACAUGCCCCUUCUGACAAAGUAAAAGAAUACCUAUUAGACUUUAAUGGACUUGGUUUGAAAAGUGUGGAGUGUAUACGACUUCUUGGCCUUCAGCAUGUAGCUUUCCCGGUGGACACAAAUGUUGGGCGUAUCGCGAUUCGUCUAGGGUGGGUUCCUCUUGAGCCAUUGCCUGAAGAGCUUCACAUACAUCUGUUACAACAGUAUCCAAUUAUGGAUUCAAUCCAGAAAUAUCUCUGGCCACGAUUAAGUUCUUUGGACCAGAAAACUCUAUAUGAACUACAUUAUCAGCUGAUAACGUUUGGAAAGGUUUAUUGUACAAAGAGAAAUCCAAACUGCAAUUCUUGUCCAAUGAAAGGGGACUGCAGGCAUUUUGCUAGUGCAUAUGCAAGUGCAAGACGUGCUUUACCAGGGCCAGCAAAUAAAGACAAAUCAAGUUCACAAGCUCCAUCAGGUCUGGCUAUAAAGGAAGUAACAACAUCCAUUAUUGAGCCCGAGCUAUCUUCAGGAUCAGAAUAUCAGGCAAAACAGUGUGAACCUAUCAUCGAAGAGCCCGUAUCGCCAAAGCCUGUAAAUGCGGAAUUAUUGGAAAGAGACAUUGAAGAUUUUGUUGUUGAAGAUGAUCCCGAUGAAAUUCCAACAAUCAGACUCGAUGGUGGAGAGUUCGCAAGUAAUCUAGAAUGCCUCUGCAGAGAAAUGAAGUACAUGGAACUUCAAGAGAAUGAAGUAUCAAGAGCUCUAGUUGCUUUGUCACCACAAGUUUCUAUUUGGCCCACUCCCAAACUGAAGCAUGUUAGCCGCUUAAGGACAAAGCACCUAGUAUAUGAACUUCCAGAUUCACAUCCUCUCUUAAAAGAGCUAGACAGACGAGAGCCUGAUGAUCCAUCCCCAUAUCUUCUAGCCAUUUGGACUCCAGGUGAAACUGCAAGCUCAUUUGAACCAUCCGAGAAACUAUGCAGUUCCCAUGAGUUUGGAAGCCCCUGCAAUGAGGAAACAUGCUCAGCAUGCAACAUUCUUCGAGAACAAAAUGCCAAUACAGUUCGAGGAACAAUUUUGAUACCGUGUCGAACAGCAAUGAGGGGAAGCUUCCCACUUAAUGGAACAUACUUCCAACAUAAUGAGGUAUUUGCUGACCAUAAGUCUAGUGAACAUCCAAUUGAUGUUCCUAGAGAAUGGCUAUGGAAUCUACAAAGGCGAAUUGCUUACUUUGGCACCUCAACAACUGCAAUUUUUAGAGGGUUGUUGACAGAUGAAAUUCGGUACUGCUUUUGGAAAGGAUUUGUUUGUGUGAGGGCAUUUGACAGAGAAACACGCACUCCUAAGCGCCUUGCGCAUCGACUCCACAUAUCAACUACUAGCCAAGCUGGGAAGCCGAAGACCAAAACAAUGGACGAUGAGUAG